AGAGCCGGCGCUGCGCUCGCGGGGCCUCGUCUCCGCGCCCAGCCUCCUCCCGGGGGGCCUCCGGACCCGGCGCGGACACGCCCGAUCGCGGCCCCGCGACGUGGGGGCGGUCGCCGCGGCAGGUGUGAGCGCGGGGGUGUCCAGCCCGCGACCCCCCCACCCAUCGCCCGGAGGAGACCCGGGGCCGGGUGCGACCCCCCGGAGCGCGCCUUUCCCCCCCAGCUCCCCGCGCGGGACCCCCGGGCCGUGAUGCGGCCGCGCCCCGCACGCGCGUGAAGCGGCGCCCGGCGCGCGGGGCCCCGCGCCCCCUCGGCGGCGGCGAUGUUCAGCUGGCUGGGCUCCGACGACCGCCGCAGGAAGGACCCCGAGGUCUUCCAGACCGUGAGCGACGGGCUCCGAAAGCUCUACAAGACCAAGCUGCUGCCGCUCGAGGAGCACUACCGCUUCCACGAGUUCCACUCGCCCGCGCUGGAGGAUGCGGAUUUCGACAACAAGCCCAUGGUCCUGCUGGUGGGCCAGUACAGCACGGGGAAGACCACCUUCAUCAGGUACCUGCUGGAACAGGACUUCCCAGGCAUGCGCAUCGGGCCGGAGCCCACCACAGACUCCUUCAUUGCGGUGAUGCAGGGGGACGUGGAGGGCAUCGUCCCCGGCAAUGCCCUGGUCGUGGACCCUAAGAAGCCCUUCCGGAAGCUCAACGCCUUCGGCAAUGCCUUUCUGAACAGGUUCGUGUGCGCGCAGCUGCCCAACCCCGUGCUGGAGAGCAUCAGCGUCAUCGACACGCCGGGGAUCCUCUCGGGGGAGAAGCAGCGCAUCAGCAGGGGCUACGACUUCGCGGCCGUGCUGGAGUGGUUUGCCGAGCGCGUGGACCGCAUCAUCCUGCUCUUCGACGCCCACAAGCUGGACAUCUCGGACGAGUUCUCAGAGGUCAUCAAGGCGCUCAAGAACCACGAGGACAAGAUGCGGGUGGUGCUGAACAAGGCGGACCAGAUAGAGACGCAGCAGCUGAUGCGCGUGUACGGCGCCCUCAUGUGGUCGCUGGGCAAGAUCGUCAACACCCCCGAGGUCAUCCGCGUCUACAUCGGCUCCUUCUGGUCCCACCCGCUGCUCAUCCCCGACAACCGCAAGCUCUUCGAGGCCGAGGAGCAGGACCUGUUCAGGGACAUCCAGAGCCUGCCGCGCAACGCCGCGCUCCGGAAGCUCAACGACCUCAUCAAGAGAGCCAGGCUGGCCAAGGUCCACGCCUACAUCAUCAGCUCUCUGAAGAAGGAGAUGCCCUCGGUGUUCGGGAAGGACAACAAGAAGAAGGAGCUGGUGAACAACCUGGCCGACAUCUACGGCCGCAUCGAGCGGGAGCACCAGAUCUCACCGGGGGACUUCCCCAACCUGAAGAGGAUGCAGGACCAGCUGCAGGCGCAGGACUUCAGCAAGUUCCAGCCGCUGAAGGCCAAGCUGCUGGAGGUGGUGGACGACAUGCUGGCCCACGACAUCGCCCAGCUCAUGGUGCUGGUGCGCCAGGAGGAGCUGCAGCGGCCCGUGCAGAUGGUGAAGGGCGGCGCCUUCGACGGGACCCUGCAGGGCCCCUUCGGGCACGGCUACGGGGAGGGCGCCGGCGAGGGCAUCGACGACGCCGAGUGGGUGGUGGCCCGGGACAAGCCCAUGUACGACGAGAUCUUCUUCACGCUGUCCCCCGUGGACGGCAAGAUCACGGGCGCCAACGCCAAGAAGGAGAUGGUGCGCUCCAAGCUGCCCAACAGCGUGCUGGGCAAGAUCUGGAAGCUGGCCGACAUCGACAAGGAUGGCAUGCUGGACGACGAGGAGUUCGCGCUGGCCAACCACCUCAUCAAGGUCAAGCUCGAGGGCCACGAGCUGCCCAAUGAGCUGCCCGCCCACCUCCUGCCCCCGUCCAAGAGGAAAGUUGUCGACUGAUGCGGGGUGGGGGGGCUGGAGUACAGAGUGGCAGGAGCUGGGAGAGGCCAACACGCACACUCGCACACACACACGCACACACACACACACAUGCACAUAUGCGCACACACAUGCAUAUGCACACGCACACAUGUACACUUUUU